AUGUCGUUGGGUGAGGAGCGGGGUCCCCGGGCCCUUGGCUGGGUGGCCCUCGGGGAGCGUCCCAGGGCCUCGCCUGGCGCUCGUAGCCGUAGACGGGUGAGGUUUGGUUGUCUCUCAGCUGGCCUUGCCCUUUUAUUCUUCUCAGAUGAUAUAAUUAAGUUGAACAAGAAAGAAGAGAGAAAGCAAUAUUCUCCCAAAAUAAAAAGAGGGCUUCAGCAGAAUCAAACUCGACAGUUCAGUCCUCCAGGCUCCAAGUGGGGAAUCCGACAGCAGAAGGCUUAUGGUAAGAAUCGUUUGGGGCGCAGAAAGAAGGUAGCAGGGAAGAAGCGUUCUUAUGGAGUUAUAACAGGCCUGGCAGCCAAGAAAGCACUGGGGUCAUACAAAGAAGUCAGUCCUCUGCACAGACAGCCACUGAGUGAGAAGAAUGCACAGAGGAAUUACCCAGUUUUGAAAAGGAAAACAAACCUGCAGAGACAAUCUGAAAUGCAGAGAAAACAAGCUCCUGCCCUCAGGAGGACUGCCCCACUGAAUAGGAGGAAUAACAUGCCAUCCACUUUUGUCAGAAUUGGAAACAAACUAAAUCAGCAGAAAGACACUCGUCAAGCAACUUUCCUGUUUAGAAGGGGCCUGAAGGUGCAGGCCCAGGUGCAGUCAGCAGAUGAUCUCGAUAAUCAGACAGUAAAGAGAACUCGUCAGUGGCGAACUUCUACCACAAGUGGAGGGAUCCUGACUGUGUCUAUUGACAACCCAGGAGCAAUCAUAACCCCAAUUUCCCAGAAAUUACGAUUAACUCGUACUCCUGUGCCACCAUUUCUCAUGAAGAGGGACCAAUCUGAAGAGAAGAAGAUUCCAAAAGGGGUUCCAUUGCAGUUUGAUAUUAACAGUGUUGGAAAACAGACAGGGAUGACGCUGAAUGAGCGAUUUGGGAUCCUGAAGGAGCAGAGAACUGCGCUGUCUCAGAACAAAGGAAGCCGCUUUGUGACAGUGGGCUAAGCUGGCACAUGGACUUGGGCACUGAUCCCACCGACCUGAGAACCUGAGAUACAAGUGGGCAGAAGAACACAGCAUAUGUCACUGAAAUUCUCCAGACAUCUUGCUAAGAUGGUGGCAGAGCUAUCUCUCCUUUUUACUUUUACUUUGAAUGGUAAAAGACAUGAUGCCCUGAGGGAGAAAAAGUGGGAGUGGCACCAUCACCUGGUUGGAAAACAUUCUGUUGCCCAGCUGACAACAAACACUGGUUUUUGAUUCAUAUCGCAAUUGAAAAACAAACAAGAAUUUUAGAAGUUGUGGGUUUUUUUUCAUUUAGGAGUGCUCAGUAUCUGUUCUUUGGCCCCUCUGUUAUGGUAAUAAGACUGUGUAAAAGUGUUUCAUUACAAACCCCAUCUUAGGGUUUUUUAGGGACUGCCUACAAGCUCUCCCUUGGACUGCAGUUUGGCACAGAGCCUCAGUCCAUGGAUACCUUGGUAGUGAUGUAGCGGCAUUUUUUCAUGGGAGCAUUGGUUCUGUACUUCUUUGUGCUUUUAAAGUUCUAUUUUUUUCCUUUCUUGAAAACGAAAUGUUUUGCAUCCUCAUUUUCACAAAUAAAGCUGUUAGCUGAGACCCAAAAUACAAAACUGGGAUGGAGACUAUUCUACCCUUAUCCUUAAAACUGGUCCAGAUUGUAUAUUGUAUUGGAGAAGUACUGCAGAGGCAGUAUGAGAGUCAUUUAGAUUACAAAUAGCUCAAGUUCAUCUUCCUCUGUAAAUGGGGUUUGUCUGUCUCCUUUUUUUCUUAAACUUUAGCUUUCUAUUUCUUUUCAAAAGGUUUUUCACAAGCUUAAUGCAAUAAUUCACAUUUUUUAAUAGUUUCACAGGAAUAAAUACAGCAGUUAACAAGGAAGUCAGCAGUAUGGUAGAAUUCCUUACCCUCCCAGACAGACACAGGAUUGUCAUCCUGCGUACCUUGCCCCAGAGGGUUUUUUCUGGCUCUUAGAAAUAGCUGGAGGGAAGCAAUCUAAUGGCACUUGUUUGUGUAUACCAAAGAGAGGUAAGAUGUGAAGCUGAUCCGAAGUGGUCAGACAUCUGGAAAUUGGCUGAAAUUGGGGAAUAUUGCUGAAUGAAAAGCCCUUGGUUUGCCAGCAUGUGUAAGGCAUUAAGCAGGAGCAUGUAGUCACUUGCUUUAAGCUUAGCUCUGUGCAUCAGAAUCUGCAGGAAGUAACAACCAGGGCCUCCUCAGUCUGAAUUUAUAUAAUCCCUAAAAAAGAGGCACUUCUUCAGAAUUCCUUAACUGAUGAGCCUAGCACUGACCUAUAGCAAUGAGGUUUAGGUAGAGUCAGGUAAAAAAGUGGUUGUCCUACUGCAUCCAGGAAUGUUUAUGGUGUUUGAAACAGGUUUUAACUCCUUUUCAUGUUCUUGAAGAAUUUACAUUUGACUUCUGACAGUUUGUUUCCUUUUUAUCUCAAAUUCCAAGUUAACUAGCAUAUACUGGCAACUUCAACCUUGAAGAGCAUUUGACAGCAGAAGGGCUUUUUUUAUGUAUAGGAGUUUUGAAGUCAGAGUGCCCUCUGAUGCUAUAUAGUACUUAAACCCUUAUUUUUAAUGUUGAAAAAUAUACCUUAGCAGAAGCAAACUAAACGUAAUGGUGUUAAGAUUUCUUUCUUAAUUACUAGUAGGAAAUUUUUUUUAAAAAACUGUCCUACUGUUAGAAUUCGAGUAGAUAAAGUGUUGUCAGUCAUCCUGUUCCAGUGUAUACGUUUUCCAUGUGCCAGGAUGCAACAAAAAAAUUCUUUUGCAUCAACAUAGAUGCAAAACAUUGAUGCAAUGCAUCAAAAAGUGCUGGUUUGUAUUUAAUGAGAAGAUGCUUUACACUGUACUUUUUGGUAUUUUUUGGAGAAGUUAUUACAUUUGAUCUAUUCUGAAGCUGUUAAUUUUUUUUUUUUUUAAUAAAAGGUUACAGGUUUCA